CUACCGUACAAAGCUCAAAGUGUACAUCCAUACAUGUGAAUACUUGCGUCCCAUCCCAUUAUCCCAUAUAGAGCGUACAGGGGACAUCACUGACGAGCAAGAUCGCUGCACGCUGCGUUGGAGCGAGAUGAUUGCCACGGGCAGCUCGGCGAAGAAGGCGGCGGCGGCGGCCGGGGCGGUGGGCGGCAAGGCGGCGCGGGCCUGCGACGGGUGCCUGCGCCGGCGGGCGAGGUGGUACUGCGCGGCGGACGACGCGUUCCUGUGCAAGGGGUGCGACACGUCCGUGCACUCCGCGAACCCGCUCGCGCGGCGCCACGAGCGGCUGCGCCUGCGCCCGACGUCGCCGCUGCGCGCGCCGCCGCCCGCGGGGGAGGCGAAGCGCGAGCCCCGGGACGAGGUGGUGCCCGCGUGGUUCAAGCGCAAGGCGCGCACGCCGCGGGGCGGGCACGCCAGGAGCCUCGGGCAGGUGCUGUCGCGGCGGCUCGUCGUGCCGGAGGCGGCGGGCGGGGACUCGCCCGACGGGCGGAACGGGGAAGAAGGGGAGGUGGAGGAGGAGGAGGAGCAGCUGCUCUACCGCGUGCCCGUCUUUGACCCCGCCCUUGCCGAGUUCUGCUCGCCGCCGCCUCUUGAGGACGCGGCGGCCGUCGCGUCGUCGUGCAACGAGGACGGCGCCGUCGAGGACCCCGCUAAGCCGGAUCCGGCGGCACCGGCGGCUCCGCCGCCGGCGCAGCUCUUCCCCGACGGCCAUGCCAGCUUCGAGCCCACCAACGCCGAGCUCAGGGAGUUCGCCGCUGACAUGGAAGCCCUCCUGGGGCGCGGCCUCGACGACGGCAACGAGGAGGACUCGUCGUUCUACAUGGAGACGCUGGGCCUCCUCGACCCGGUGGACGACGACGCCGCGCGAGUCAAGGUGGAGAUCGACGGCAGCGGUGCCGCCUGCGAAACCAGUGGCACGCUAGCGUCGUGCGGCCUCGAGCUGGAGGCGGAGGCGUCUGACGAGAUGCUGGACAUCGACUUCGACUCCGGCUCGCCUGAUCAGGAGACGCCGCCGGACGAGAAGGCCGGGAGCAACGACACGAGCGCCGACGCCCAGUUCCUGCAGACGAGCCUCUCGCUCACCCUCAACUACGAGGCGAUCAUCCAGAGCUGGGGUAGCUCGCCGUGGACCGGCGGCUGCGAGCGGCAGCACGUCAAGCUCGACGACAGCUGGCCCCACGAUUACACGGGCGUGUGGUUGGUGGGAGGAAUGGUCGGCCACGGCGGAGAGGAGCUCUGCACGCCGAGGCUGGGGACGAUGGACGGCGGCCGGGAGGCCCGAGUGUCCCGGUACCGAGAGAAGCGCCGGACGCGGCUCUUCUCCAAGAAGAUCCGGUACGAGGUGCGCAAGCUCAACGCCGAGAAGCGGCCGCGGAUGAAGGGCCGCUUCGUCAAGCGCGCCACCGCCGGGGGCAGCGUCGUCGCCGUCGCCGGCGUCGCGUAAUGCCCCGGCACGCGCGCGCGCGCUACGGUGCGUGUGCUUGUACGGUGUGGCGCGUGCCCCUCGCCCGUCGUCAGAGAUGAUGGCACGAACAAAACAACUCGUCGAAGCUGCUUUGAAUUAGUUCAUUCAACUUGAAUCAAAUUUUGUGCCUGUUUUUCAAGGAUCAGUUCGCCACUGAUGUUGUGCGCCUUCGAGUGGCGAUGGCCGAAUAAUAAUAAUAAUAAUAAUACUAGUGCAGUAGUGCUAUCUAAGUGGAUUGUAAUGCUUGGUUACGUUGGACAUAUCAGAAGUAUUUUUGCCCUUGCUUCAGAGGGGUUGUCAUCAGUUGGUGCUGGCUCUGUAUAUGCCCAGGGUGAUCAUUGGCUCUUGCUGGGAUUCUCCUUUUCUUUUGGAGAAAUGCAUAUUGUAUACCUUCAAAAAGGACAUACAGGUCAUACAUGUAAAUCAUGAAUACAUUAUUGACUGGAUUUGUUGAA